GCCUCACCUCUCUCCCCCUCUCCCAAGUCUCCAUCUCUCUCUCCUCGAAUAAACCCCCACCACCCCACCUCCAUUUUUACUCCUCCCACGAGACAGCACAAACCCAAUCCCAUCCACCAACCACCUCGCCGCCGUCGCCGCCGCCGCAGCCAUGGGCGUCUCCGCCCUGCUGCUCCUCCUCCUCGCCGCGGCCGCCACCGCCGCGCCGCCGGAGCAGCCCGCAUUGUCCGCUACUCCCUCCUCCGCCGCCGCCGCCAACAACAGCAGCGGUGGUGGUGGUGGUGCGGCGAGCAACGGGGUGAACUCGAACUCGGUGCUGGUGGCGCUGCUGGACUCGCACUACACGGAGCUGGCCGAGCUGGUGGAGAAGGCGCUGCUGCUGCAGACGCUGGAGGACGCCGUCGGGAAGGGGAACGUCACCAUCUUCGCGCCGCGGAACGAGGCGCUCGAGCGCGACCUCGACCCGGAGUUUCGCCGCUUCCUCCUCGAGCCCCGCAACCUCCGCUCGCUGCAGCGGCUCCUCCUCUUCCACGUCCUCCCCGCCCGCCUCCACGCCUCCGACUCCUCCUCCCCCGACUUCCCCUCCUCCCACCCCACCCUCUCCGGCGAGCGCGUCGACCUCUCCGCCUCGCCGAUGCGGGUCGGCGCCGCGGCGGUCACGCGGCCCGACGCGGUGGUGCGCCCCGACGGCGUCAUCCACGGGAUCGAGCGGCUGCUGGUCCCGCGCUCCGUGCAGGAGGAUUUCAACCGCCGCCGCAGCCUCGCCGCGAUCUCGGCGGUGCUCCCGACGGGGGCGCCCGAGGUGGAUCCGAGGACGCACCGCCUCAAGAAGCCCGCGCCGCCCGUCCCCCCCGGCGCGCCGCCGGUGCUGCCGAUCUGGGACGCGAUGGCGCCGGGCCCAUCCAUCGCGCCGGCCCCCGCGCCGGGGCCCGGGUCCGGGAAACACCACUUCGACGGGCACAGCCAGGUGAAGGACUUCAUCCAGACGCUCCUCCUCUACGGCGGCUACAACGAGCUCGCCGACAUCCUCGUCAACCUCACCUCGCUCGCCACCGAGAUGGGCCGCCUCGUCUCCGAGGGGUACGUGCUCACCGUGCUGGCGCCCAACGACGAGGCCAUGGCGCGGCUCACCACCGACCAGCUCAGCGAGCCGGGGUCGCCGGAGAACAUCCUCUACUACCACAUGAUCCCGGAGUACCAGACGGAGGAGAGCAUGUACAACGCGGUGCGCCGCUUCGGGAAGGUGAGGUACGACACGCUGCGGCUGCCCAACAAGGUGACGGCGAGGGAGGCCGACGGGUCGGUCAAGUUCGGCCAUGGCGAGGGCUCCGCCUACCUGUUCGACCCGGACAUCUACACCGACGGGAGGAUCUCCGUGCAGGGCAUCGACGCCGUGCUCUUCCCUCCCAAGGACACCGCCACCGGCGGCGAAGGCUCAGGCUCCGGCUCGUCGGGCGCCGCUCCCGCCAGGAAGGCCCCCGCCGUCACCGCCCACUCCAAGUCCAAGCUCCGACGAGGGAAGUUGUUGGAAGGGGCAUGCCAAGUGAUGGGCUUCCUAGGCCGAAGAUCGCGAUUCGCGAGCUGCCAAUAGACUACGACAAUGGCUUGAUGGACAAAUAUGUAUAUCUGCCACUGCUUUUUGCUCAACUCAUGACGCUGAAACAUGAACCGAAAUGAAGGCUACAGAUGAUGAUUGGUUGGAUGGAUGAAUGGACGAACAAAUUGAUGAUGGUUUUACAUAAGCUUAAUUAAGAGGAAGAAAUAAGGUGUCAUGAGAACGAGUUGAGAGAGACGGAUGGCAGACAUUCUGGUUGGUUGUUGGAGGUGGAAAAAAAAAAGGAUGGAAAUUUGUUUAUACUGGUCAGUGAAGAUCAAACACCGAUGUAUAGCAAUUAAACUUUUCUAUUUUUUUAUUUGUUUUAUUUUAUUUUGUUGAUGAUGAUGUUCAGCGCUUUUUGAUAAUGAGGAAUGCCAAAAACAAAAAUUGCAGUGUUCAUGGACC